UACAGAAAAUAGCCUAUAUAAAAGGGUAGGUAACUCUCAAUAACUUGACAAACCGAUAGUGCCAAAAAAUCUUUAAUUUAGAAUUAAACCAAUUCUAAUGGAGGAAGAAGAUCUUCAGACAUCAAUACAAACAUAUCAACUACAGCUUUCCCAAGUAGAGCAGGCCAUUCAGGCAGCUGGAUCUACACCUGAUCUAGAAGCCCUUCAGACAGAUUUACAAGAGCUCAUCAAACUAACACAAGACAGUUUGUUGUCACUGAAAAAGAGCAAGUUGUUGAAGCAACUUGAUGUUGAUAAUGGUGGGCAGUCAGAGUCAAAGCAUAAAACAAGUGAUGAAGGAAGACAGUCUGAGGCAGGGGCAGAUAACUUAGAUGAAGAAUAUGCAGCUUUUCAGGCAAUGCUUGGGAAUGAAAUAAGUGGUGAAGACAGGUCUAUACCAAACAGGGGAGACAAUUCAUCAUCAUAUUCACAUCUUGUGAAGGAAGACAAGUCCAUUGAACUCUCAGAGAUAGAAAACCCCAUUGAAUCCUCAAGGGCAGACAACUCUGAUAUAAUCAUUUGUCCUGUCCAGGCAAUGUCAGACAUGUAUAAUGAAAUAGUCGGCACAAAAUGCCGGGCACCAUACAUACAUGAAUGGGGAGCAAAAACACAUGGAAAUGCUUUAAUUGCUGGUGUAGAAAAAGACUCAGAGUUAGAAAUUCCAAAGGUCAGGGUGAUGUUUUGUAAUCCUACACAUAUGGCAAUGCUGCCAUGUAAAUACUUUCUAGGUGGCAGUUGCAGAUUCAGUGAAGGAGAGUGCAGGUACAGUCAUGGUCAUGUUGUCCCCUUAGAAGAUCUUCAGGAAUAUCAGGAUCCAGAUUAUAGCAUGUUGAAGUUAGAGUCCCGUUGCCUUGCUAGGUAUGAUGAUGAUGAUCUCUGGUAUAAAGCUACCGUGGUUGACCUCCAUGAUGAUGGUGCCACCGUUAUGUUUGAUGAUUAUGAUGAUAAACCUUUGUACUUGGCAUUCGAGGACAUUUUACCUCUAGCUAAUUCUUCAGAAGCUUCCAGUGAUUCAGAUGAUGACAUCACAGAUAAUCAGCCAAUCAGCAGACAGGAUUCAGAUGAAGAUGAUGAACUUCCUGUGUUUCUAUGGAAACCAAAGUCACAUGGUCUUGGUGAUCUCGGUCAAUGGGAAGCUCAUACAAAGGGUAUCGGCAGUAGAUUGUUGACUAAGAUGGGGUACGUGCCAGGACAAGGGCUUGGUAAGGCAGGUGAAGGGCGUAUACAACCUGUUCCUAUACAACUUCUACCUCAAGGUAAAUCAUUGGACAAGAUCAUGGAGUUAAAGGAAAUAGCUGGAGAGAGAGACCUAUUUGAUGUAAUGAAGAAACAAGAGAGAAAGAUGAAGAAACAAGAAGAAAAACUAAAGAAACAGUAUCAAGUCGGCAAGCAAUAUAUGCCCAAUAUGUUUGACUUCAUCAAUAAAAAGCUGCAUGGGAAAAAGGGAAAACUUAGCGAGUUGAUACACAAGCAUGAAGGUCAGAGUGGACAAAACAGAGGUCAAGGUCAACCCAGAAUGCAUAGAACCAUAUCUGAACACGAUCUGAAAUCUAAAUCUGACAGAAACAUCAAUAUACAGUUAUUGAAGACUAGUGAAGAGAUGAAGUCAGUAGAGAAAGAACUAGUCAAGUUAAAACAGUCCCUGUCUAGGAAUGAGAAUAGGGAUAGGAAUAUGGCAUCCCAGGUUAGACAGAAAAUACAGUCAAUGGAGAGAUACCUGGAACAAUUGAAAACCUCCGAGUCUACCAUGCAAACCCAUCAACAGAAACGAACAGACCAUAAAAAACUGACAAUUUUCUAAUUAUUUAUGAAAGGUUUUGUGACUGAAAGAUAAAUUAUUUGUUAUGAAUGAAUUAAAUAUUGACAUGUCAAAU